GAAACCAUCGCCAUCUUCUUCCUCUGUCGUUAUCCCUCCGCGUCGGAUUCGAAUUCAAUUUUCAUUUCGCUGGCGGGAACACCAAUUCGAUCCCCUCUUUGUCUCUGUUCAUCGAAUCUCACGCUUUUAAAAUCCGUUUUCAUCUUUCGAGAGAGACAGAGAGAGGAUCGAGAAGAGGAGAUGAGGGUGUCGGACAACACGAGAGGCCUGAUCCUCGCCGUGAUCUCGAGCGCGUUCAUCGGUUCCAGCUUCAUCCUCAAGAAGCUGGGGCUCAGGCGUGCCGCCGCUUACGGCGCUCGCGCAGGGCUUGGAGGAUAUGCAUACCUACUAGAGCCACUAUGGUGGAUUGGGAUGACAACAAUGCUUUUUGGAGAGGCUGCAAAUUUCAUAGCAUAUGUCUUUGCUCCAGCAGUUCUUGUAACUCCUCUUGGAGCACUGAGUAUAAUUAUCAGUGCUGUUUUGUCACACUUCCUACUGGAGGAACGACUACAGAAGAUGGGUAUUUUGGGCUGUAUCUCCUGCAUAGUCGGUUCUGUUGUCAUUGUAAUCCAUGCUCCUCAGGAGCAUUCUCCUGGUUCUGUUGAAGAAAUAUGGAUUCUGGCUACUCAACCUGAGUUUAUGCUUUAUUCUGCAGCUACCUUAGCGAUUGUAUUGGCAUUGAUCUUACACUUUGAACCACGCUAUGGGCAAACAAACAUUUUAGUUUAUCUGAGCAUCUGUUCUUUGAUGGGAUCACUGACGAUUGUCAGCAUAAAGGCUAUUGGAGUUGCAAUAAAGCUUACAUUGGAGGGAAUUAGUCAGAUAGCUUAUCCGCAGACGUGGUUUUUUGUUGCUGUUGCAGUCAUAUGCAUUGUCACUCAAUUGAAUUACCUAAACAAGGCAUUGGACACCUUCAAUACUGCUAUGGUCUCACCAAUCUAUUAUGUCAUGUUUACGACUAUGACAAUAGUUGCAAGUGGAAUUAUGUUCAAGGAUUGGUACGGUCAAAGUUUGAGCACUAUUGCUUCUGAAUUAUGUGGAUUCAUAACCGUUCUUUCUGGUACAAUGUUAUUGCAAUUGACAAGAGAGCAUGAAGUGAAUGCCUCAGCAGCUUCCAUAUCAUGGCAUGUUUGUAAAGGCAAUAUAGAGUCACUGAAGGAUGUUGAGAAUAAUGAUCAUUUUGUAGCCUUGCUCGCUUCAGAAUAUGUCAAGUGAUGAUAAAAGUAUUUCUCAGCGGAAAAUGAAAUGAUUCUUGCAAGUUUGAGAGGAAACGAUUGAAUGGAAGGUGGAAAUGGGAUAAGAUCGUCUCUUGUUCAAUAGAGAUAUCUCGUGAGACGUAUUCAAGCCGGGUGCACCGUACCUAAGCCCGUGCAAUUCAUUGAGGUACACUGAACAAAUUUGAAAGUAAAGAGUACGCUGCCUGUAGAGGGAACAAAUUAAGCCGAGCUGCACUUGGACUUUUAGUAGGAAAUUUUGUCGUAUAUGUAUUUAUUUGUAUAAAAUAUAUACCUUUUUCUCUAUGAAAAAGGUUAGUAAGAGGUACCUAUUGAUACUGUAUGCGGUGAAAGAAUCACAAAGUUCAACAAUUUAAGAGUUGAUAUGUUUUU